AUGGAUGGAGACGCAGUCACGUUCUGCCCCGACGUCCCGGCCCUUGUGCCGGUUGCCUUGAGCUUUGGCGCAAUGGUUCUGUGCAAUGGCGUGCUACGCUUUGUGCUACGGCUCGACCGAGUGACGCAGUCAGCGAUGGAGGAGAGCCCCCCCAUCAGGCUUGCACGCUGUCUCGGCCUGCUGCUGACUCUCCCUCUCGCCAUUGCACUCGCCGCCCUCACGUGGCCGAACAUCUGCGUGUCGCUGGCGUGCGACAGUGACGCCAUGGGUGACUUUGCCUCCGGCGAAGACCUGGGUGAUGGCGACGGCGGCUCCGGAUCGGGGUGCGACCGCGGCCUCUUCGUGAGCAGCCUCGUCGCCUCGGUCUUCUACUUUGCCUUGCUGGCGGUCGUGAUGGGGGCGACGUUAAUGGUGAGGCUCGUCGGUUCAUCGAAUGGCCAAGCCCUCCCGACUGCCAAGGCUCGUGUUGUUCCGGAGCCAAUCUUCGCGCUGCGGAUGCCGGAGAUGGCAGUGGAGGUCGAGGAGAAGCUUCCCAGCUCGCGCCCAACCCGAGGCAAGGUGGUGGAGGUCGAGACUUACGACGUAAAUUCGCGGCGGAUCUCGCACCGGGACGCUGUGGUGGAGAGGCCGGGCGGCGGCUCUGGCAGGCUGAGCGCCGCCUCGGGCCGAAUGAGCGCCGCAGCGGGCCGCGCCUCGGGCUGGGACGACGAGAUUGUUUCCAAUUCCACGGAGGACUCGGACGGGGAUGAGAUGGCCCCGCCCGAGAGACCUGUGGGGAUGGAGGGUCCGCGCACGUCUGUCGCCGCGGCCACGCCGCGGCAACUGAUGCAGAGGCGCAGCGAGGCACAGCCCCGCGCCACACCGCCACCGGCGCCUUCUGCAACGUUGCUGCAGGACGAUAUCGUCUCCAACAGUACGGAGUCGGAGAGCGACGAGCCGGAGAACACAUCGCCCCGGGCCUCCCAGGGCUCGCAGGCGCCACAGGCGAGCAGAGGGUGGUCGCUCCAACGCGAGGAGAGCGUCCUCUCCAACGCGACUGAGUCAGACGACGGGAUAAAGGAGCAGCAGCAGGCCUUCCAGGCGCUCAAGAAGAUCUCGGGCAACACGCACACCGCCAAGGGCGGCCCCUCCAACAUGGCUGUACUCAUCGUGUGUGGGUUCAUCGGCCCGCUGGUCACUGCUAAGGGGAUUCUCAACAUGUGGUACGGCACCAACAAGUACCCCGCCCCCGAGUAA